AUGACGACACAGUCCUUUUUGACGCCGGAAGUAUGGAGCGUUGCUUCGCGGGCGGCUGUGUAUGCCAUAUGCCUCAGUGGUCUAACGCUUGCAGCCUAUUACAUCGUCCCAUAUGUCUCCAACAAAGGCAAGAUGAAUGAUAUACCCGGGCCACUGGUAGCCAAGUUCUCAAAUUUUUGGAGUCUUUACUGGGCAAGGCAACAUCAGCUCUCAUGGGUUACACAUGAUCUUCACAAGAAACACGGGGACUUCGUGAGACUGGCGCCAGGCCAUAUCAGUAUCGCACACCCAGACAGCAUUAGAGACGUCAUGGGGCACGGCAACGGCUUCCUCAAGUCGGACUUUUAUUAUGCCUUUGACAAUAUCCAGUCCGGCAUCUUCACGACUCGGGAUCGCGCAGCCCAUAGUAGAAAGAGGAAAUAUGUCUCUCACAUGUUCAGCCCCAAAGCCAUGGUCGGAUUCGAACCUUACAUGACCACGGCAAUCGGAACGCUGGCACAUCAAAUGGGGUCUCUGAUCGACACGGGUCAUGCAGGAAGAUACACCGCUCUCGGUACAACCAACCCUGAGAUCAGGGCACUACAAAGAAAAGGAGAGGCAGCUAUCGACGUUGCCCAAUGGUCUGCUUUCCUUGCGUUUGAUAUUAUUGGUGAUCUGGCCUUUGGAGAACCGUUCGGAUUCACGGCGCUUGGACAAGAUACCAAUGGUGGCAUCAAGAAACUUCGGGACCGAGGAGAAUGGUGCGCAACUGUUGGUCAAAUGCCCUGGAUCAAGACAUGGACACCAUACUUUGUCUUUGACAGCUUCUUCACCAAAGGUCUUCAGGCGACCAAAGACCUCGCUGCCAUUGGCAUCGCCAAGGUGGAGAAACGCAAACUGGCCUCUCGAGAUUCCUCCCGCCGCGACAUCUUGUACUAUCUCCUCUCCGCCAAAGACCCGGACACGGGCGGCGACCUCCCCGACCUCGAGGUCAAAGCCGAAGCGCUCACCCAGCUCAUCGCGGGGUCCGACACGACGGGCAACACGAUAACACACUUGAUCGACAUGCUCUGCCGCAAUCCCACCGCACUCAGGACGCUCCAGGGGGAACUCGACGCGGCGUUCCCGGGCCCGCUGACCACUCCAGGCUUCGUGGCCAUGUUUGAAGAUUGCAAGGACCUCCCCUUCACCCAGGGCGUCAUCAACGAGACCCUCCGGCUCCGGACGACCGUGUCGGUCGGUCUCCCUCGCGUGGUGCCCAAGGGUGGUGCCAUGGUCUGCGGACGCUUCUUCGAAGAGGGCACCGUCCUCUCGACCCCCACCUACACCACCCACCGAGACACGAGAGUCUGGGGUCCCGACGCUUUGGAGUUCAAGCCCGAACGUUGGAGCAGACAGGGGGGUGCCGAGUUGGAAAAGGCUUUUCUGGGAUUCUCCUAUGGUCCUAGAGCUUGUAUUGGAAGAAAUGUCGCUUACAUGGAACUCAAAAAGACGGUCGCCACUCUCUUCCGACUUUUCGAGUACAGACUUGUCCACCCGGACCGGGACUCUCAUAUCCGAGAAGGAUUCCAUCUAAAGUGCCAGGAGCUUGCUUGUUUUGUGCGCAGGAGGACAUGA